AAUUUUCAAGCAAGUAACUUUUCUUGGCCAAGAUAGAACCAGCUUUUCUUGGCCUCUUCUCAAAAACCAAUUGCAAGAGUUGACACGCUAAACCCCUCCUUGUUGGCUUGGAUGUCAACAACUUCACAAAAAAUCUCUUUCUGUUGGUGAGGAGAGAUAAAGCUUAUGUUCGAAACGGCAUUGCAAAGCCAUAGUCGAGCCUCAGAACGACCUCCAGCGAUCAUCAGUGACCAAAUAACUGAACCCAGUUGAUUUAAAAGCAAUAUUAUUUGAUGGGUAACUUCAUUAUCUCCCCGUUCAUCACCCCAAUUUGGCUCAGAUAAAAAUAAAGGAAGCAUUUUUUUUUUCAGUAAUCUCCCUGCAUUCGAAAUAAUCAUCCAAAAUCAGCAAAAGAAAAUUGAAAAUCCAAGAUUUUGAAGGAGAGUCACAAGGAAAUUGGGACAGAACCCACAAAAAAAAGAAGUAUUUUGGUGUUUUGCCAAACGUUGUCGUUUGGUACUCUGGUGUAUUAUACAACCAGUCAACCACCGAGUGGAGUGAAGGCAAAGUCGUAAAGCCUAAAUAUUUAUUUAUCUAUUAUGUGUAAAAAUAUACAUUGAGUGCGUUUCAAGCCUGGUCUUCGGAGUCUUCUCCUUUAUAGGCUUCCCUUUCAAUCCCCAUUCUCAGUGGAAAAUCACAUUCAGGGCUUCAGGUUAUCUAAUGUUGUGUCUCUCUCUCACCACUGUUUAUGGGCCACUCUGAUUUCUUGAAUUUGUUGUUCGCUAUCGGUGUGUGGUGUACUGCAUAUAUUACUGUUGCAGUUCUUGCAUCAUUGCGAAUCUUCAAUUCCAUCUGUUCGUUCUGAGUUAGUGAAGCAGUUUGACAAGUGGAAAAAGCUAUCAUGGGCUAUGCACAACUAGUUAUUGGUCCUGCAGGCAGUGGAAAGUCAACCUACUGCUCUAGCCUGUACCAGCAUUGUGAAACCCUUGGACGGUCAAUACAUAUUGUGAACCUAGAUCCUGCAGCAGAAAAUUUUGACUAUCCAGUAGCCAUGGAUAUAAGAGAGCUCAUAAGUUUGGACGAUGUUAUGGAGGAGCUUGGAUUGGGUCCGAAUGGUGGCCUUAUAUACUGCAUGGAACAUCUUGAAGAAAAUCUGGAUGAUUGGCUGACUGAAGAAUUGGACAAUUACUUGGAUGAUGACUAUCUGGUGUUUGAUUGCCCAGGCCAAAUAGAACUCUUUUCACAUGUACCAGUGCUCCGUAACUUUGUGGAGCACUUGAAGCAUAAAAAUUUUAAUGUGUGUGCUGUAUACUUGCUUGAUUCCCAGUUUAUCACGGAUGUUACUAAGUACAUAAGUGGAUGCAUGGCAUCACUUUCUGCAAUUGUCCAGCUUGAAUUACCACAUGUUAAUAUCCUCUCCAAAAUGGACCUUGUAACAAACAAGAGGGAUGUCGAAAAUUACUUGGAUCCAGAGCCUCAACAUCUGCUGUCAGAGCUGAAUGAACGGAUGGCUCCUCAGUUUAAAAAGCUAAAUAAGUCUUUGAUUGAACUGGUGGAUGAAUAUAGCAUGGUGAGCUUUAUUCCCCUUGACUUGAGGAAGGAAAGAAGCAUACAAUAUGUUUUGGCUCAAAUUGACAACUGCAUUCAGUAUGGUGAAGAUGCUGAUGUGAAGAUUAGAGAUUUUGAUCCAGAAGAUAAUGAGUAGGUCUGUUAAUGCUGUGAAAACAUUACCCAAUACCCAUGUUCCAAAUUUGUCAUUGUAGAUAACUUUAUGAAAAAAAUUGGCAGAGAAUGUUUUAGCAAACUGAGAUGAGAACCUUCUUGUUUUGGGUAGUCUUGAAUGUACAAUUGGAUUAAAAUUGGAAUUUGGAUGAUUAAGUAUUGAACUAAUUAUCUUGAUGUUAUGAAUGCAUUAUAAUCCUGAUUUCUUGUGCAAGUUUGAUCUUGUGUCUCUUU